CGAUUCUUUCAAUUAUGUCAACUUCACACAAGGUUUGAAAUCUGUUCUCAAAGUGACUCAUGAAUAUCAGGUAUUAAACAUGGGUGGACAGUCUCUUCCCAUCUCCGUAUCAUUCCGAUAUCUGCACAGAUCGCCCGUCUAUACAUGGGAUGUGAUCAUUGAGGAGGUUUGCUGCAACGCCAGUGCGAAGGUCACAGUUCACGACCCCUGGCCCAAGGCCAACCAGCACUGCACAAUGGUGGAGUGUCGGGAGAUUCACUGCAAACUCACCCAGCUCUCUCCCAACUCCACAGUCAUCUUCACACUGAAAGGGAACUUAACCAUUGAUGGAAAUAUCCAGAACGAGACGGGGAAAUAUUUGUGGAGUUUGGCACGUCUGGAUUUUGAUCGGAACAAAUUCGCUCAAAUUGGAGAACGAAUGUACGCGGAGAAGCAAGCCUGUGCAAACAUAACAACAUUAGUCGAGAUGUUGGAAACUUUCGAUUUUACACUCUACAUCGCUGGAGGUUGUGCUGGUGGAAUAAUCCUUUUGAUCAUUAUUGGAUUAAUUUUUUACAAGGUGGGAUUUUUCAAACGUCGCUACAAGGCCACCAUAAACGAGGGGAACAACCAGGAAAGUUCCAUGCCGUUGAAUCCACAGUCUCCUCCUCCAACAGCGACUGGCGAAUAAUCACCGCGUUCCAGUGAUAUUAUGAUCACCCUUCCCCCAUCCAGAAUUUUCUUUAGUUCAGUUUAUUGUCACGUGAAAAGCUUUUUUGUUGCAUGCUACCCAGUCAGCAGAAAGACUACAAUGAUUACAAUUGAGCCGUCCACGGUGUACAGAUACAGGAUAAAGGGAAUAACAUUUAGUGCAAGGUAAAGUCCGAUUAAAGAUAGUCCGAGGGUCUCCACGGAGGUCAGGACUGCUCUCUAGUUGGUGAGAAGACGGUUCAGUUGCCUGAUAACAGCCGGGAACGAACUGCCCCUGAAUCUGGAGGUGUGCAUUUUCACACUUCUGUACCUCUUGCCUGA